UUUCUAAUCAAUCAUCAUCUUCUUCAUUACUCCUUUGCUGCAAGCCCUUCAUACCUUCAUUCUUCAUCCAAAACUACAAUCUUUUCAUAAUCUUCCUUCUUCCUCCUUCAACUUUUCUUAACCCAAACAGAACAGACAACUUUCUAUCAUCUACAUCAAUUCCCAAUUCCAGCAUCUCUAUUUUUCCUCUCAAUUCGGUCAUCAACAACCCACAAAACAGAUUCAACAAAUUCUUCAGAGGUCAAAUUCGUAUUUUCUACUAAGUUCUUGGUAUGACAACCAUUGAGUCAGAGAGUAGUAAAGAUACUUCUUAUGAUAGAAAUGUUGAAGUCAAGGCUUUUGAUGAAACAAAACUUGGGGUGAAAGGGUUGUUAGAUUCUGGAAUCAUAGAGAUCCCACGAAUGUUCCACCAUGUCAAGGAUAACACUGAAACCAUACCGAGUAACUUAAAGUUUCAUGUUCCUACCAUAGACUUAAAAGACGUAAACACAAAUUUAUCCAUGCGCGUUGAAGCACUUGACAAGAUAACAAGGGCAUGCAAGGAAUGGGGAUUUUUCCAAAUAGUGAAUCAUGGUAUUGGUGUUGAGGUUUUGGAUGAGAUGUUACAUGGAAUCCGAAGGUUUCACGAACUAGAUGAUGAGGUAAAGAAAACCUUUUACUCAAGGGAUCGGAGUAAGAAAGUUAGAUAUUUCUCUAAUGGUAGCCUUUUUAGAGACCUUGCUGCUAAUUGGAGGGACUCAAUUGCAUUUUUUUCUUCUCCUCACCCUCCUAAUCCAGAAGAAAUCCCAGCAGUGUGCAGAGAUAUUGUGGUUGAAUACACGGAGAAAAUAAGGACAUUAGGCUUAACAAUGUUUGAGCUAUUCUCAGAGGCUCUUGGCCUUCCUACGUCUUACUUGAAUGAAUUGGACUCUAUAAAGGGAGAAUUUCAUUUGUGUCACUAUUAUCCUCCAUGCCCUGAACCUGAAUUAACUAUGGGUACUUCAAAGCACACUGAUAUUAGCUUCAUGACAAUUCUUCUACAGGACCAUAUUGGUGGUCUUGAAGUUCUUCAUAAGAAUCAGUGGGUUAAUGUUCAUCCAGUGCAUGGAUCACUUGUUAUAAAUAUUGGGGAUCUUCUACAGCUUUUGACAAAUGACAAGUUCAUCAGUGUGUAUCAUCGAGUCUUAUCAAAGGAUAUAGGGCCCAGAAUUUCAGUAGCAAGCUUCUUUACCAGCUCAUUUCCACAUUAUGCAUCAAAGAUUGUUGGUCCAAUAAAAGAACUGUUAUCAGAAGACAAUCCACCAAUAUAUAGGGACACUACUAUAGAAGAUGUUGCGGCCCAUUAUCAUAAGAAAGGCCUUGAUGGAAAUCGUUCCUUGCACCCCUUUAGAUUGUGAAAUGGUUGAGAAUUCUAUUGGAGCAAGUUCUCUAAGAGCACAUUUGGCUUUAAUAUGUGUUUUAUCAUGGUUAACUUGUGCCUAUGAUUAUAUAUUUUAAGUAUCUUGUGAAUUUUAAAUAAACAAUUUCAAGCUCCAAAGAAAAGGUUAAUUCAUCCCUUAAGUAUUUGUAUUUCACAAGAUGAAAUAAUCUUAUAGUUUCUGUAUUAUGAUAAUAUUACAUAAACUACUGACUAUAUUAUUCCAGA